GAAAAAACAAAAACAAAUUGGACGCGAAGUGGGAGAAGCAAGUGGAAACUAAUUAUUACCAAAAGUCCUUUACGACCAUAAAUUUCUUGUUAUUGUCGUGGCGGCUGGAAUAUAAAAACGGACAACGCCGUUUCCCCUUCUGUCUUCUCAACAGAGAGAAAGAGAUGGAGAAUCACACGACGCCGCAAGACUCGACCAUGCAAGUUUCAUCUCUUAAUUGCAUCGAUCUUGCCAACGAUGAUCUUCACCGUUCCGUUGUUUCCCUUAAACAGGCAUGUUUGGAUUGUGGAUUUUUCUAUGUGAUCAAUCACGGCAUAAACGAGGAGUUAAUGGAGGAUGUUUUCGAGCAGAGCAAGAAGUUUUUCGCUCUUCCUUUGGAGGAGAAGAUGAAAGUUCUGAGAAACGAAAAGCAUAGAGGCUACACACCUGUUCUUGAUGAAAUCUUAGAUCCUGAGAAUCAAGUUAAUGGAGAUCAUAAAGAGGGUUAUUACAUUGGAAUCGAAGUUCCCAAAGAUGAUCCUGAUUAUGAUAAACCAUUCUAUGGCCCUAAUCCUUGGCCUAAUUCUGAUGUAUUGCCCCAGUGGCGAGAGACCAUGGAGAAAUAUCAUCAAGAAGCAUUGAGGGUGUCUAGGGAUAUUGGAAGAUUAUUGGCGUUAGCACUUGAUUUGGAUGCGAAUUACUUUGAUACCCCGGAGAUGCUUGGAAAGCCUAUUGCAACUAUGCGAUUGCUGCAUUACCAAGGGGUUUCUGAUCCUUCGAGAGGAAUAUAUGCUUGUGGAGCACAUUCAGAUUACGGAAUGAUGACUCUGUUAGCCACUGAUGGUGUAAUGGGCCUCCAGAUAUGCAAAGAUAAGAACGCCAAGCCUCAGAAAUGGGAAUAUGUACCGGCGUUUAAAGGAGCAUAUAUUGUGAAUCUUGGCGAUAUGCUGGAACGUUGGAGCAAUGGAUUUUUCAAAUCCACGUUACAUCGGGUUCUUGGGAACGGUCAGGAACGAUAUUCUGUAAGGCUCUUACUUAUCCACAUUUGUCUGAUCUUUACAAUCUUUGUGGACGUUAUGGCUAUUGACUUUGCAUCCUAUGUUUUCCGAACGCAGAUUCCAUUUUUCGUCGAACCAAAUCAUGAAUGUCUUGUGGAGUGUCUCCCAACCUGCAAGUCGGAAAGCAACGUUCCCAAAUAUCCAGCGAUCAAAUGUUCGACAUACCUCACGCAACGUUACAAGGAAACACAUGCAGAGUUAAGCAUUUACAAUCACGAAAUGUGAAUGCUCUUUCCGAUCAACACUAAAAGGGAGAGUACGAAAAGUAAAUUGAUUGUAUGUCUUUAGAUAUAUAAGCUCAAAGCGAAGCUUCGAAACUUGUUGUAACAUAAGAUAAAAGUUUUUUUGUACGGGACGCCUUCCCACAUGGACACCUGCUUAUACCUUGUUUCAACCCUUUUAUCCGUAUGAAAUGGAGAAUCAUUUUGUCUAUUAGUUUUUAAUGAACAUUAC